AUGGAUGGCCAUCACAAGCUUGUUCACUGGGGAAUUGUUAUCCAUGGUAGUGAUGAUGGGUAUUGCUGUACAUUGACCAGUAUGGGUGACCUUCAAGUGUAUGUGGGGAUCAAGGUGGGGAAAAUAAAGAGGUGUCAAAGCAGAAUACACACAUUGAACACCUCUGACAUGAGGUUGGUGCUCCCUUUGCAUGUCCUUGGCAUGCCUUUUUCUACCAACUGGAAGUAUCUCUCAACCCAGAUGUUUGUCUCCCAUUACUAUGGCCUACAGCACCCAGCCAACCAGCCCACCUCUGGUGAUGAUAGUGAUGAUGAUAGAUGGGAAGAUAUCAUGGAUCACAGUGACAUGACUGUUGACCAUGGUGACCUUCCAUCCAUAAUUGCAGGUGACCAGGCAUCUGAACUUGCACCAGAUGGUGCUGCAGUUCCAGAAGGAAUUGACCCAUUCCCCUCCUCCAAUUGGCAAGAAGUAUUCUGGCAGGCUUUGCAGCAUGUGCAUUAA